CGGAAGCUUGUUGGAAAACAAAAAGAAACCCUAGUAUUCAUUCUUUCGUUCGGCUUAUUCCCCGUCACCUGCUCUUUUGCGACUUGAUAGCUCCACGUCCUCUCAUCGUCGUUGCUCUUUCGCGAAGCCGACGUGGAACUGAAGCUUCCCUCUCGUGCUCAAGUUCUCUUCUCCAACCCACUGAGGCAAGGAAGAAGAGAGUGCAAACUUUGAAAAGAUAAACGAAUUUCAAAUUGCUGCCACUCAUCAUAUUGAGUGGGCUUAAGAUGCCACACAGGGCACGGCCUAUGACAGCAGUCCUCAUCUUCUUUGGAGUCAAUGCUAUACUUGUAACUACUGUCAACCCAGUCUAUGAUUUCAUCUGCUUCCUGCCUUACUGGGAGAGAAGAAGGGAGCAAAACCGAAGAGAGAGAGAGAGAGAGAAGUAUCAUGAGUGAACUAAAAUGAUGGUAAAUUUAGGUAAAGCUGCUGUCCAGAUCAAGGAUGCUAAAUGCAGAAGAAUGACUACAUGUUUAUGGAAAAUAGUUUGUAAAUGUAUCAAUAUAUCUAAUUUCCUGGUAAGGAUUUGAAGAUUAAGAACUUAGUCAUGUUGAAUGGUCGCGUAUUUAAAUCUCCCUAUAUUCCACUUUCAUAUAAAAAUUAUAUUCAAAAUUUUUAAAGA